AUGCCAGGUACAUCGAAAGGAGUUGCUAAGGCGAAAACGAAAGUGGACAUUGUAGGUGAGCAAGGGACGCGUUCGGCGAUCUCGAAGCGGCCAGAUCGUUUAUCAAUCGAAGGGGCCGACGAGUUGAGUACGCAGGACGGAGCUGACCACAUGGCAAGGAAAGCCGUACCUAACCUCAACAAUGACCCUGCCAGUGAUGACGUGGCACGUCGGCUAGUCAUGCUGAAGCAACGACAGGAUUUGGAGAAAAGGCGUUUGGAACUGGAACUUCAGCUGAAAUUCGUGUGUGAAGAAGAGGAGUUGUUAAGGGUUGGUAAAGUUGAGUUUUCGACUGUUUCACCCCAGUUUAAUUCUUUUCAGCCGGAAGAGAGUGCGGCGAAAACCAGUAAAGAAGACUCAGAUGUAACUCCUCGUCAAGCGGUCGCUAGGAAGAAUGUCCCAAAAGAGCUCCCGACCUUCACAGGUGAUCCGGCUGAGUGGCCGAUAUUUAUUUCUCACUACGAGAAUACCACCAGGCGAUGUGGAUACUCCAAUUGGGAAAACAUGCUGCGGCUGCAAAAGUGCUUGAAGGGACCUGCGUUGGAAGCGGUGAGCAGUCGUUUAAUGUUGCCGGAAUCGGUGCCGCAAGUUAUCGAAAAGCUCCGGUCAAGAUAUGGUCGACCAGUGCACCUGAAAAAGACUCUAAUAGCGAAGGUACGCAAGAUCCCAGCUCCGCAGGUUGACAAGCUGGAGAGCAUCAUAGAGUACGGUGAGGCGGUGCAAAGUAUGGUAGAUCACAUGGAGGCAGCAGGCGCUCGGGCACAUUUGACAAAUCCGAUCCUAUUGAAAGAGGUGGUCGGCAAGCUGCCGAACGACCAGCAGUUGCUUUGGGCACACCACAUCCGAGGGGUGGAUGAGGAUUCAUUGGACCUUGUGAUGUUCAGUGAUUAUAUGGAGAAACUGGCGGAAGAUGCUGCUAGGUUGACGACAGUGGAUUCUCCGUCAAUGCGUGGGUCCCACAAGGGUAAAAGGAGCUAUGUAAAUACGCAUUUGGAGGCAGACGGUAAUGCGACGUCGAUAGCAGCGGAUAGAAGUUGUUUGUUUUGUCAUGGAACGGGGUACGGAUUGACCACGUGCUACAAGUUUAAAAAUCUGCCAGUGAAGGACCGAUGGCAAAAGGCACGAGAGUUGUCGGUGUGCUUCAGUUGUCUAGGGAAGCACAACUGGCGGAAUUGUCGAAACAGAGCCGUUUGCGGGAUCGGUGGUUGUACGUAUCGACACCAUGCGUUGUUGCACGAUAAGGCGGAAUCGAGUGGUGGCGCUGGAGAAGGGCGAUCGGAAGGUGGAGUUGUUGCUGAGAGCAACCAUCACCAAUACACAUCAUCGACGGCGAUAUUCCGCAUUGUACCAGUGACUUUGUAUGGUCCGGCUAGGAACGUAUCAACAUUUGCCUUCCUGGAUGAAGGAUCGUCUGUGACGUUAAUGGAUGAGGACGUAGCGGUGCAGCUUGGUGUUGAGGGGGUGGUGGAACCACUUUGUAUGAGAUGGACCGGUAACACCCAGCGUAUUGAAAUGGGAUCCAGGCGUGUCGACCUCAAGGUGGGACCGUCCGGAUCAUUGAAAAAGUUUGCCAUGAACUCGGUACGAACGGUACCUAAUCUGAACCUGCCAAAAAAGACGUUCCAGCUGGGUGUCGGAAUGGGAAAGCAUCUUCAACGUUUACCGCUACGACAAUAUCGGGAGGCGGAACCGAAACUGCUCAUAGGGUUGGAUAAUCUGCGGUUGGCGGUCCCUCUCAGGACUAAAGAGGGAAAGGAAGGGGAACCUAUCGCAGUGAAGACGCGCCUUGGAUGGUGCAUUUAUGGAAAACCAUUUAAUGGUUUGAGCGAACAACUAUUGCAUAUAUGUGAGUGCAACAGUGAGGACAGCAUCCAUCAAGUGAUGCGUAAGUUCUGCGAAACCGAGCAAUUAGGGGUAUCGCGCGUUGUGGAAGUUCAUCCGGAUGAUCAACGCGCGCAAAAAAUACUAGAUGAAACCACUGUUCGUGUUGGAAACCAUUUCGAGUCAGGAUUACUAUGGAAGACGGACAGUGUCGAGCUUCCUCCCAGCAGAGAAAUGGCGCAACGUAGACACGUUUGCUUAGAAAGGCGCAUGGAACGGGAUAAUGUUCUCAAAGAGCAAGUGCAUCGACAGAUUGGCGACCUCGCCAGCAAGGGAUAUAUCCACAAGGCUUCGGAACAGGAGCUCGUGGAUUGUGAUGAGAAACGUGUAUGGUAUCUACCAAUAGGAGUGGUUACAAAUCCAAAUAAACCAGGGAAGGUUCGGUUGAUUUGGGACGCUGCAGCAAAGGCGCAUGGGAAGUCGCUUAAUGAUCAUCUGCUAAAGGGUCCGGACGAUCUGUUGCUUUUGCCUGGAGUACUCUAUCGGUUUCGGUUGUAUGGGGUGGCCACCUGCGCGGACGUGAAAGAAAUGUUUCUGCAGAUAAGGAUCCGUUAG